CAUCCCUCAGCGCACACUCAUCUUCUACUGCAGCCAGAGCUUCAUUCCUCCAAAACCAUGAGCUUCUACGCACCCCAGGCCUCUCACAUCUCCUUCACCCGCUCUGCGCCCGCUUACCGGGCUGCCAGUACGUAUGGUGGGGCAGGUGGGCAAGGCACCAGAAUCUCAUCCGCCUCUGCGAUGUCUUACCGUUCAGCCCCUAGAAGUGGGGGAAUUUCCUCUUCCACAGCCUUCAAGGUGAGCUCAGCCGGCAUGGGCUCUGGCGCAGGGGGUUCCUUCUUGGCGAGCUCUGGGUCCUCAGGUGGCAUGCUGGGCAAUGAGAAAGGCCAGAUGCAGAAUUUAAACGACCGUCUGGCUGCUUACCUGGACACAGUGCGCAGGUUGGAGCAGGAGAACGGCAAACUGGAACAGCAGAUCCGAGAGGCUCUGGAGAAAGGUGGACCAGAAACACGCGACUACAGCAAGUACAACGCCAUCCUGGAUGACCUGAGGAGGAAGGUGUUUGAUGCCACUGUGGACAAUGCUCGUCUUGUUCUGCAGAUUGACAACGCUCGUCUGGCUGUGGAUGACUUCAGAGUCAAGUUUGAGAAUGAGAUGGCAAUCAGGCAGUCUGUGGAAGGAGACAUCGCAGGUCUAAAGAAAGUUAUAGAUGAAACCAAUAUUGGUCGCCUGAAUGUGGAGGGAGAAAUCGAGUCCUUGAAAGAAGAGCUUGUCUUCCUCAAGAAAAACCAUGAAAAUGAAGUUGAUGAGCUACGGAGCCAGAUAUCUCAGUCAGGCGUUCAGGUGGAUGUUGAUGCACCCAAGGGCCAGGAUAUGUCUCAAGUGAUGGAAGACAUGAGAGCUAACUAUGAGAAACAGGCUCUCAAAAAUGCAGAGGAACUCAAAAUGUGGCACGAAACCCAGAUAGCAGAUGUUCAGGUGCAGGUGGCUCAGAACACAGAGGCAUUACAAGGUGCUCAGAUGGAGUGUAAUGACCUACGCCGACAGAUUCAAACACUAGAAAUAGAGCUUGCAUCACAACAAAACCUGAAAGCGUCACUUGAAGAUACUCUACGAAACACUGAGAUACGUUCAAAUGGAGAGAUGGAGAAGUUAAAUAACAUCAUAAUUCAACUUGAAGCUGAGCUGGCACAGCUGAGGGCAAAUAUCACAGAACAGGGACAGGAAUAUGAAGCACUCCUUAAUAUGAAGAUGAAACUGGAAGCGGAAAUUAACACCUACAAGAAACUUCUAGAUGGGGAAGAUUUCAAGCUCCAGGAUGCGCUUGAUGGCUGAGAAAAAAAAAAGAGUGAAAUUACAGGAGACGGUUCUAAAGAUCAACAACAACUUCAAGACAAUUAUAAAUUGCAUUCAAUGAAACCUGUGGUGAAGCUUUAUAAUUUAAAAGUCUCCUUCCACUUUGUUUAAACUAUACAAUUUACAGAGCCAUGUUGGUUUCUGGCCAUAUUUCUUCUCUUCAUUAUAAUGUCAUUUACAGGGUAUUUGCUUUCUGUCAAUGAACCCUGUUUCAUCCUACAGUCUGACUUAAAGACAGUUACAGGGCAACAUAGGCAGCUUUUUAAAUGUUUGGUUGUGUAUUGAGUCUUUAUAAUGCACAAUCCUGUGUUGUAGCAGUGUAAAACGGAUAUCUCCAAAUGAAAGAGGAAUGAGAAAAUGUGAACCUCUCUACAAAACCAAAGCAAUAAUGAAAUAAAUCCAUGCCUGCCAACAGAAAAAAAAUGAGUAAAGCAAA